AUGAACUCGACGAAAUGUCGCGAAAGUUGGACGGGCCCGAUGAAAACUGACGAAAGCGAGUUCGGUCCGAUUGAUGAGCGAUCUCGUCGCCUCUGCCAGGAGUUUAUGAUUUACAACGAACGUCCGUAUUCAAUUGACGACUGCUGGGACAAAUGCUUCCAAAGCGAAGACUGCGACGCGUUCUAUGUCGAUUCUGAAGAUCAAAACUGCCGUCUUUAUCGAAAAGGCUGCUCUUAUAGUCCCUAUUCUCCGGCUGCUGGAGAAAUCGACACCUUCGGCUCUUGUCUCAUGAACAGAGUUGCCUUUAGGCAGGAAUUCAGCUGGUCGACUAGGACUGAUGGAUGCUUCAAAUACAAAGUGGAUAGACACAGGCCCAGUACCAAAAUGUGA